GCGGUUGAACUUCUUCGCACAAUCAUUUCUCUCUUGUUCUGUAAGUAUACAUCUUUCCAAGAUAUACACACACUCAACUCUCGUCAAUAUCACAUAACAAAUCCUUCUUCUACAAGCUGUAGCAACCACUUAUACUUCCAGCACAAUAUCUUUACCGUUUUAUCUACUUCGACACACUCAUCAUGCGUUACCGCAAAUUCUUACUUGGGGCUGCCAGUGCUUUGCUCUGUGGUGCUAAACUUGUUCUUGCUGGCCCAGGUGGUUACCUCCAGCUUGUCAAUCUCAGUCCAUAUAACUGGCAAUUGACAUACCAGCACUCAUACCACAUGGACUGGAUUCCAGGAGAUCUCAUUCCUGCUGGUGGAAGACACGAACAAUAUGUCGAAUGGUGGUAUCACUGGGGCGACAACGGAGACUGCGGAGCAGAGGCAACUUAUCAACUAGUCGGCACCGACCUCUCCUUCACCAUCCAAGCUCGACAGACAGGCGGCAAGAAGCUCUUGAUCGAAUACAGCGACGCACUCGCCGCACUGACCAUGACCAAGGAAAAGGUCAUCGACCUCGGCUUCGACCACGACGGCAGCGUCCUCUUCGUCAUGUCCGGAAACGGCAUCGAGCCAUACGUGACAUCCCAACCCCCCAAGAACUGGACGCAACACCAACUCCCCCUCAUCAGCACCAAAGAACUACGCGAAAUCUCCAUGCCCCGCUCCCACAACGCCGGCAUGAACUACGUGAGCUACGCCUACCUAGGCAACGCACACAACACCCAAUGCCAAACCUACCAAAUCUACCACCAACUCCAAUUCGGCUCUCGCUGGCUGGACCUCCGCCCCGCCCUCGCCCACGGCAAAUGGCUCACCUCCCACGUCAGCAAGAUGUCGACCGGAACCUACGCCGGAGCCACGGGCGCCGACUUCGUCGACAUGAUCGCCGACAUAAACCGCUUCAACACCGAAACCCCCGGCGAGCUCCUCAUCCUAGAACUCAGCCACGAAGUCGACGGCGCCGACUCGGGCGCCACGCAUCCGCUCCGCGACGGCCUGCCCCCGAACCGCUGGCAGGAACUCUACACGCUCCUCGAAGGCAUCGCCGAUCUCUGGAGACCGACUAACCCCGACCUCCCCCUCCCCGAGGAUCUGUCCACGAUGCCCAUAUCAACCUUCAUCCGCCCCGGCUCCAAAUCCGCCGUUCUGAUCCGGCUGCCUCCCUGGGCGCCCGCUCCCGAUUCGGGCCACCCGGCCUUCGUGCACGAAUCCCGGCUUCCCUGGGUAGGAGAAUGGAUCCAAACCUCCGACCCGGCGAUCCUCGACUCCUCCCUAACCACCUUCCUACUCAGCUCCCGCACCACCCCCAAAUCCCCCCUCUUCCGCCUCGCCUACACGAUUUCCCCGCGCGUCAAAGACCUCAUUGAUGUCGCGAACAGUUUCCAUUCUAUCAUCGGGGAGUCGAUGUGGGUGGAACACAAGCUGUUCCAGACGAUAUGGGAGAAGUUGAGUCCGAGCACGUAUCCGAAUUUGAUUGAGAUGGAUAAUAUACAUAAUGGGCAGGUGGCGGCGGUGGCGAUGGUGAUCAAUCAGCGGUAUGUGAGUGCGGGGGCGUGGAAGAGGGGGUUGAGGUGGGGGGUUAGAAGGGAUGAGGUGGUGGAGAUGGGGGGUAGUGGGAGUCGGAACUUAGACUUGGAGACCGAACAUCCCAAAGCCUCCCAACUCAAAUUCCUCUUCCCCCAGGAACCAGCCACCAGCACCUCCCAACAACUUAACAACUUCACCAUAGCGACAGGCGACGAUUUAUACAGCAUAGCGAAGGCGUUCAGCAUCCGAUAUACCCCCUAUGUCUAUUCCCAAUCCAUACAUAGAUCUACGCUGCCACUUAUCAUCAGACUUUCAUCUGAUCUGACAAAUAUCAAAGUCAUCACACAUCAUGAUCUCACCUUGGGAAAAGAGUUACAGCUAAACUUUACAUUAUCAUAAACACCAUAUUUAUCGUCGAUUAUGUUCCAUGAUCCUCAAGUUCCGGUACAGUGAAGGUAAGCCCGCAGCCAAAGAAAGCCGCAGUAACAAUCCCCCUCAUCUCCUUCCCUCUCCCAUACUGUCGUCACCCACGCCAUUGUCCUUCAUUCACACCAUAAUCCCACAAUGAUUGCUA